CUCGCCGGAGGGAUGUGGACUUGUUGUGGUCUCCAGGUUGCCGCGACGGCAGACAAGUUUCGGGGACCGUUCUUCUUGCGGCCUGGCGUUCACAGAACCAUCCACGAUCUCCAUAUCCACGCCGUCAUUAAUUAAACAAUGCCGCCCGGGUUGAGCAUGUCAUUCGCAAUGUCCGAGUUAUGAUGGGCGUUCGAGAUUGUCGUGUGGUCAUGGGAAUGCUCUGCGGCCGAAGCUACAGCAAUCCCGAAAACCCGGCGAGGCGGCCCAUCCAAAAGGCAGUAGGAGUUGGCGACAAGCACGGUUCCCUGCGGCCAAAAACACAAAACGCUCUUCAUAGCACAUCGUCAACAUGUUCAAACAGCCGCAGGCACAAGCCCCCACGCUCGUGUGCGCUAGACCCGGAUAGAUGUUUGUGGGUGCGCAGGCCGACUAGGUCCCGUCGAGCUUUGCUCGGCCCCCUCACGCGCACGUGCACCUUCUUCGGCCCUGACGAGGAUGGAUGCAGCAAUGCCGGCCCAGCGUAAUUCUCUGCUGUUGCGGAG